AUGGCCUCUUUGAAGCUACCUUCUCUACUCCGCGCCUCGACGCGCGCGCUGGGGCGGAACCGCAUCCCCGCACUCACCCCAGGUUUCCGUUCAGUCUCAACGAAACACCCCACGGGCUUCGUACCCCCAUCUGAGGAUGACCUCCUAGAGCUUCGCGAGCGUGUACAAGAGUUUACAAGACGCGAGAUCUCGGCCGAGGUUGCGCAACGGACAGACGAAUUGAAUGAAUUCCCUGCUGAAAUGUGGCAGAAAAUGGGUGAUGCUGGAUUCCUCGGCGUAACGGCUAACGAGGAAUACGGUGGCUUGGGAAUGGGCUACCAGGCGCAUUGUGUUGUGAUGGAAGAGAUUAGCCGUGCAUCAGGAAGCAUCGGUCUCUCUUAUGCGGCCCACUCCCAGCUCUGUGUCAACCAGCUUUCACUCAAUGGCUCAUCGGAACAAAAAGAACGCAUUCUACCGGGCUUAUUAUCUGGUGAGAAGGUUGGUGCCCUGGCAAUGUCAGAGCAUUCAGCGGGAUCCGAUGUUGUUAGCAUGAAAACCACAGCGAAAGAGGUUGAUGGGGGUUGGCUGUUAAAUGGAACUAAGAUGUGGAUCACCAACGGCCCCGAUGCCGACUAUAUUGUCGUUUAUGCCAAAACCGAGCCCGAGCUGGGCUCCAAAGGAAUCACAGCGUUCAUAGUUGAGAAGUCAUUCAAGGGCUUCUCAUGCGCAAGAAAACUGGACAAGCUCGGCAUGCGCGGCUCAAACACUGGGGAGCUUAUCUUCGAGGACGUCUUCGUGCCCCGCGAGAACCUCCUAGGGGAGGUAAACCGCGGAGUUCGUGUGUUGAUGGAAGGUCUAGACUUGGAGCGAUUGGUCCUGAGUGCCGGACCACUGGGAAUCAUGCAGGCCGCACUCGACUUGGUCCUGCCCUACACACACGUGCGCAAGCAAUUCGGUUCUCCGAUCGCCCAUAACCAACUGAUCCAAGGCAAGCUUGCAGACAUGUACACAAAACUGGCUGCUUCACGCGCCUACACUUAUGCUACAGCUCGACAGGUAGACAACGGUGCCGUGAACCCCGGCGAGAUGACUGUCCGUACGCAUGACUGCGCCGGUGCAAUCUUAUAUGCCGCCGAACGGGCAACUGAAUGCACCCUCGACGCUAUCCAACUGAUGGGUGGAAGUGGAUAUAUCAACGAGAUUCCAGCCGGACGACUCCUGCGAGAUGCCAAAUUGUAUGAAAUUGGCGCUGGUACCAGCGAAAUCCGCAGGAUGGUUAUUGGCCGUGCCUUUAACAAGGAAUAUGCUUAG